UGCAUUAUGUUGUACUCCUCAGAAAAUGAUUAAUGACAUUCAGUCAAAACAAGAGGCCAAAGUGGAGAAAAGAAUCAAGGAGUUUAUUGAUAUGGAGCAACUGGUCUUCACCCAGGACAAGGUAUUACAAAGGAAACUCGACAACUCUGAUAUCCCACAGAAAGCUGUGAUGGACCCUGACACUAACGUCCAUGAUGAUGAGAGCAAGAUUUUUAAUUCCAAAGGCUGUGCACUGUUGGAUACAAGACACCUAGUUCCAGACAAACUGGUUCUCUAUUAUGAGGUUGUCUAUCAGCGUCUCACAGACUAUGUGCCCAUGCUGAUAGUCCUCUUCAUGCUGAAGGAUGCAGCUAAGAUAUUACGGCAUCAAAUGCUAGAACUGAGGAACGAAGCAGAUGUGGUCAAACUGCUCAGUGAAGACUCAGAACGAGGGCGAAGGAGAGCAGAUCUAAAGCAGCGUCUGGAGCGCCUCACACAAGCUCAAGAACUGAUAAGCAGCAGACUCUGAGACAAUUUUAUUAAACAUCAGGUGUAUAAAAUACAUGUAUCUUAAAUUGUGUGUUACUGAUUUCAAUGAUGGGUAGACUUACGGAACUGAAAUUUCUGUAGCCCUGAUGCUACAUGUCUCAAAUUGCCUUUAGAGUAAAUAAUUCUAUAAUAUUUUACUGAAUUUUAUUGUAAUGUAUUUUUGUUGGCCAAAAUACAGAAAUUAAUUAUGUAGCAUUUUAGCACUUCAAAGAGCUAAAUGCUCAAAGCAUCAGGAGAACGUCAGUAAUCAGUGCUAUACAAAUUAUGUAUUGAUUUUAUUAAGAUUAAGAUUAAUCUUAAGAGAAAUUAAGAUAAAAUGUUGCUAUUGAUUUGAAAGAUUUCCUAGAACAUGAGAGAUGUGAAUACAUGACUGAUAUUGUCAGAGUGUCAGUGGUAAUAACUGAAAAUGUUGCCCCUCUGUAUUUUUGGCUCAAAUUAUU